UACCUGUCAAAAGUAUGCAGUUCGUUGUUAGCUUUGUAGCGUUUUCGCAGUGAUUUGAUACAUUUUGGAGAUUUUCGAUAAUUUUGCAUUAUUCUUCAUUAGGAAAGGUUUUAAAAAAAUAUCACCAACAUGUCGGAGGCCAUCAAAGCUCAGCUGGAAGUAAAAUCCAAAUGCGAGCAAAUGCAGCAAUCCCUGAAAGAGCUUCAUGAUUGGGAGCAGGACAUGAAGCGAAAAGAGGCCCAGUCCAGACAGCAAAAGGAGGAAAGGAAUGCGACACCGAUCAGAAGCAAUGUUGACAAAAUGAACAAAUUCGCCGAAGAUCAGCUAGCUUCUGAGAAACUUCAACUAUUCAAUGGCUCGAUUAUGUCUGGAGAUAUGGAUGAAGCGGAGCAUUACAACAACAGAGGUAACGAAUUGUGUAAAAUGGCGAAAGGCGGUGCAGAUGCGAGUUCGUGCAAUGAAAAGAUUGAUCUGGAGGCUAUUGAUAUGUACUCGCGUGCUAUCGAUCUCAAUAAUCAAAAACCGGAAUAUUAUGUUAAUCGAGCGCACCGUUACUUCAAAUUGGAGCGAUAUGAAGAAUGCAUUUCUGAUUGUAAUUCUGCGAUCGAAAUUGAUAAUUCGUUCGUCAAAGCGUACUAUCGUCGAAUGUUGGCAUAUGAAUACAUUGGCAAUAGCGCGACGGCCUAUUUGGAAUGUCAAAGUAUUAUGAAAAUGGCAAAAGAUUCCGGUGAUCUCGCUAGAACAAAACAAGACAUGCAGAGAAUAGAGGCGCGUUUGAGGACAGCAGCAGAUAAGCACAAGACAUUGGGAAAUAAACAUUUGGCGAGUAAGGAUUAUCAGCAAGCAUCUGAUUGUUUCUCGAAAGCAAUCUCCACUUUUCCAUAUGAACCAAUUUAUUACAACAAUCGUGGCUUGGCUUAUUAUCAUCUGAAAGAUUAUGACGGGUGCAUGAAAGAUUGCAACGAAGCCAUCAAACUAGAUGAAAACUAUUUUCGUCCUUAUUAUCGUCGUGCAUUAAUCCAUGAACUACAUCAGGACUAUCAAGCAGCUAUAAAAGAUUUGGAAAAGUUCCUCCAAUUGGCAAAAGACGAGAAGCAAAGCCAGACUGCUAAACGAGACGUGGAACGUAUCCAGCGGCUUCUACAGAAGCAACAAACAGUGGAAACGCAUGAUUGGAAUAAUUUGCGCAAAAAUGCAUCCGUAAUAAAUUUUGUCCAAAAAGCUCCCCAUCUUCGCUCUAAGAAACCGUUGAAUCGUAUUGCCAUUUCCGAGGUCUCAUCUACAGAUGCAAAAUCCAAUCCUUCCAACUAUGUCAACGCGUCGGAUUACGAAGCGAUUCCUGACUCAGUUAUUGAUAAGAUAUUCAAUAAUAACACCGGAGAACGAGUUGUAGAACCUAAAGUGGAGAAUAACUUGGAAAAUUUGUUCCCAUCAUCCUCCAUGUCCAAAUUAAAACAAUUGUUUUCGCCAGUAUCAACACCGUCAAGCCCUCCCAGCGAUACGAUCGGUGAAUCAGUAGCGAGCUGUAAAACCAGUGCUCCAAUUGAUAACAAAAGUAACAAAGCGUCCAUUAACUCAUCGAAGCAAGUUGAUGAAACUAAGUCUACCAAAUCCAAUGUGAAUACUCAGGACCGUGCGAGUCCAUUGCAGCAAGCGGAGCAGACGAAAAAAGAGAAAGAAAAGACUAACCAAGGAAACUGCUCUUCGGAAACUACGCAGGAAUUCGAACGGAAACUUGGAGACUCAUCUCAGGCUGAUCAAGCAGCUACGAAUUCAGAAGGAAAGAUGACAACUAUGGAGAAACCAAACCAAACAUCAAGCGCUUUAACACGUGGUGUGUCCGGUACUGAAAACCCCACCCCUCCUAUACCAUCAUCUAGCGUGAAGUUCUAUCAUUCUUGGUGUAAUUUGAAAACGUCUGAAGAAAAAUAUCAUUAUUUGAAGACUCUUGAAAACGCUUCACUACACAAAUUGUUGGGGGUAAAUAUUGGCUGCGAUAUGCUGUCGGAUAUUCUUCAAGUACUUAAACAGUUUUGUCUGCAAGACAAAACUUCGCCACUGAAAAUUCUGAGCGAAGUAGCCAAAAACGAAGAAUCCGGAAUACUGAUCAUGAUGCUCGGUGAGAAAGACAAAUAUGCAUUAAUUCAACUGCUGGAUCUCAUGGACGAAUUGAACGAUGACAAAGAACAAGUUCUUCUGAUCAGGAAAACUCUAAUCGUGUAAUAUCUAACUGUACUAGUGAGACAGUUACAUUUUUAAGUUUGUCGAUUUUAACUGAACUAAAAUUCCUUUCACACAUUGAUUGGUUCAAGAAAAACCUCUGUUUUUUUUUAAUCAACGCCGUAUGUGAUGUAUCACUCGAUAAACAAGUCCCUUGCAUUUGUUUUGAAGUUUAUUAUUUUUAUCUAUUCUUUUGAUCGGUUGCCUUUUUCUUGUUGCCUUACUUUGCAGGUUCAAGAAGAAUGACUUCUUGCUUAAAUUUCUAAGUUAGAUUUUAACAAAAAUCACUUACAUCCUUUAUAAUUUUAACAAAUAUUUUAAAUAAUUAACUUAUUUCAACCAAAAAAUACUAUUUUUUAUAACUACUCUGAACCACAAACGGCCGGCUUUUUUUUUCUAUUUAUAGCAACGUUGUUUGGCCGGAACAGUAUUAAUUUCUUCUUUAGUCCUGUUGGAUAUUUAGAUAAAAUAAAAAAAAACCCUGAUUUAUCCACCU